CUGAAGACAUCAUUGUGGUCAAGAAUGACUUUCCUCCAAACGUUGGCGACAAGAUACGCUUAGAGAAGGUCAUGGCAGUUGGAGGACGAGACUUUAGCCUCUUCGGUCAACCUCUCCUUAGUCGCAGUGUGGUGAAGGUAGAGGCCACAGUGGUGGAGAAAACACUAACUCACAACCGAGUGUGGUACGUGUUCACCAGGAAAAAAAAUACCAAGACCUUCCACUUAUACCGAGAGCGGCAGACAAUGCUUGUGAUCAAUUCCAUUCAAGUGGCCCAGCUGCCCCAGGAGGAAGAGGAGGGUGGAAAAGAGUGACAGAGAGGAGGGACACAAAAGAUUUGUUAGUUGUCUGCUUUUGCCUGAGCUGAGUUUGUGAGAGGAAACUUGGCGUCUUGCUUCCGGCCAGGCCUCGAUGAGUGAUAGGAGCAUUUGUGAAUCCUUAUUGUGUUGCUAGUGUCGUAAAACACUUACUAAAUCUAAACGUUUGUGAAUCAUCUACUGCUGUGAGGAAUGUGAGCAGUUACAGAGAGAAAGAGAGAGUCACAUGAUACACCUCUUGUAUGUGUAUAUAUAUAUACUGUUUAUUAUUUCUGUUGUAAUGCGUCCGUCUUUAAUUGUAACUGCCAGCAGGUGCAAGAAACAUUUUCAACAUUUCCCACAAGGCUUGUAACUCUUUGUGUUGUAUUGUAUCUAGGAGAAAGUCUCUAGCCAUACUCUCUAGACUUGUACUGGGCUCUACAGUCAGUUUUGUUUUGUCAUUAAUUAUCCACAGCUGUUACUUCUUACAAAGCUAAUAAAACUUGGAAUGUCAUUUAUAGGUUUUUGAUUAAAUAAAAGCUGAAUAUUCAUAUAUA